GACUGAGUCGAGCCGAGUGGUUUUCCACGCAGGCUAAAGUGGCGGUGGCGGUGGCUUUAAUAAGAAACCGCCCCCCGGGUAUGAGCGGCAGGCAGUACGCCGAGGCUCUGGGCUGCAGGCUGAGGAGUCAGGAUGAAGGCUGGAAGAAGAAGGCAGAGGAGCUGCAGCGGGAGGUGCUGAGGCUGCGGCAGGAAGCACUGAUCGCCACAGCGACGUGUGCCUCAAAGAGCAGCACGCAGGUGGCAGCUCGAGCCUGCGGAGAAGCUGAUGGAGUACGUGAUCGCGCUGGGUAGCAGCCGCAUGUCAGCAUCUUUGCUCGUUCGUCACAUCCUCUCGGAGAUCGGCGCCUUGGCCGAUCAGCUCUGGCAAGCCUUCCAGGGGUGUGACGGCUCGGUGCUUGACACGUUUCCCGUCGACCGGUACCAGAAGUCAUGCUACCUGUUCACCGUCCUGGAGGAGCUCCUGCAGAAACCCGAGGUGGCGCACAGGGUUGAGGUGGGCCCGGAACAGUUGGAAUUCCUGAGCCAUGUGGAGCAGCAAGUCUUCCUCCUGUCCGAUGAGUUUCCGUUAUUUUCCAUCCGAAUGUGGGGGAUACGAGGUCUCCUCACCCCUCUGAGCAGAUAGGAUAUGUCUGGAAACAUUAUUCCUUUCUCUUAAUGCAAAAAAUCUGACAAAAAAACCCCCAAACAUUAAAUAAAUGUAUCGCUUUGAGUGCUUUAUUUUCAGAUAUCUCAUUUCUUUGUGCCACAGCGGGCACACACUGUAGUUUCUUAACCAAAACACAUCAUUUAUUUGCCACAAAUACCAAAGGCGUCAGAUGGUGCAGCAGACAGAGCUCCAGCACACCCUAUUAUUGUAAAAAAAGGAAAGGCUUUAAUUGGCAUUGGUAGAAGACCCCAACCCUCCCAUACACAGAAGUCUCACAGACAUAUUAAACAAUUAAAAACAAAUAGCAAGUAUUUUUCUCUAUUUACAGCCUUAAUUUGAUCUAUUUGUAAUGAAUUUAUCUGCGUUAGCUCCUGUGUCAGGAGAUAAUAUAUUUUCCUUCUAUCACUUUAGAUAAAACCACCAAAAAUGUGUGAAAUGUUUCUACUGGAGUCUGUUUUUUUUUAAGCGUCUUUAUUCUGCUAAGUGGUACAAAAACAUUAACUGUCUCAGUAUUUCAUUAUGAGCUCUGUGGGGAUUUGCUGGACUUUAAAGUGUUUGUCUUUGGAUGACUGACGCUGAAACAUAAUUGAAAUGAUUCACGGUGAGCGCUAAUAGGAUUGAUUUCCCCGUGAAGCCGACACAGACCCGCUUUAUUUCUGUGAAUAAUGACUGGAGCUCUUGACCUUUGAUAUCAGAGCUUUUGGUGUUUAACAGAGUCAGAGCAGGUCUGUGAAACUUAUUAGCUGUUGGAAGGCAAGUGUUUAAACUUUGAUCUGAUAAUUUGAUCCAUCCAUUUUAUUCAUGUAUUUCUUAACGCAGGUAUAAUAUGAAUCCAUUAAAAAUCUGACAUGGAAUAGAUGAAACGUUCUGGAGGUCUUUAAACUCCUCUACAGGUUUAGGCCAUGCUGUUAACGUUUGGGUAAAGACUAUGAAUGACUCAUGAUGAAUGGUACCAUUUAUUAUUAAAUGCCAUGUACAGCAGGUCCCCGUGGGUUUGCUGUCUUCCAGGUCAUGGCAGCCUUAGAUUAGGCCCAUGUGACCCUGAUAGGUUGGAAACACCUCAAGAUGACAACCCCACUAGAGGUUCAUUAUCUCAAACUCCUCAUCAGCUUUGAUAACUAAAGAAGCCUUUCAGAUAAAAGGUGAAGCAUUCAUGCAUCCAUCCAUCCAUUUGUUUUGAUUCUUUCUGUCCGGGUCCUCAUUAACUGCCCCUCCCAUCCUUUAGGAAAAAAGAACUUCACUUGUUUGGGAGCCUAUAUGAGCUGAUAUCGUUCCAAGAUGGCAGCUCCUCACUCUCUCUCCUCCCAGAAAGCUGGUGCCUUUCUGGUGCCCCACUUAGGUCAUCUUUCUGCUUUGGUUUGUAGUUAUUUCUAAUUUCAGUCACGUGUUGGUUAUAGGUUAGCACGUAGUGUUCUUUUGUCCUUCUUUUCCUCAGUUUAUACUUAACAAAGGAAUCUGCUUUAUGUCCUUAGCGAGCCGGGCAUAACCAUAUCUCUGUGCAGGCUGAAAACAUCUUCAUGAACCUAAAAAGAAGUUUGCACCAACUUGAGUUUUUAAGACUUACAGAAUAUCUAAUAAAUACAUUUUAACUAAUGAGAAAAGUUUUUCUUUCUGAAACAAAGACAUUACGUGGCUGAUCACUUAAAACAAACCAUUUGUAGGCAGUGUAUAGGAGCUGUUUUGUUUUCUGGUUUCAUUUUGGCCAGUUAACCUCAAACUGCAAUCAAGCUUCAGUUUUUGUUUCCUGCAGGUUAAUAGUCCAUCUGGAUAAUAAAACAGAGGGAUCCUAUUUCCCAGA